ACAUGUGAGUUUGCAACUACGUAACGUAUGUAGAAUUUUAAAGCGGAGUUUUAAGCAUGCGCGCGCAGGCGUGCACAAUUGUCUUUCUGGCAAUCAGUAGUUAGCAACAAAAAAUUGGAAACGUAUAAAAAACCAUUAUCAGGCAUCAAGAGCGGAAAAAAAUCUGAGUUAUAAACAAUGAAAACCGACGUUAGUGAUCCUUGGUGCGGAACAGGUGUCAACAAUAACGACGGGCCCGACAAUUGCUUUGAGGAUUCCUUUUUGGAUAAAGACAUCGAAUGCCGACGGCUGUCCGACUCGGAACAAUACUUACAAAAAUUGUAUACGAGAUUGAGAGUUCUUCAAGGAGGUAAAACUAAAAAAGACCUUGUGACAUCAUUAUCAGCGGCAAAGGAAGAUUGUAUUGCACGUUUAAUCACUUCUGGUAAUAAGCCUUUCUCCGAAGAAGAAGCUGAGUUGGUGUCAAAUCCUCUGAUACGGCAUAUUGCUCCACACUUACAGGCCUUAACAGCCAGUGAAUUGGUACAUCUUCUGAAGGCAGAUCAGCUUCAAGUGACCACAGAAGCUGAACAGGAACAAGAUAUCUCAAACGAAUUGCAAACAAACCAGCCAUCAACAGAAUUAUCAACAGAAGACAAGUCGGAAGAAUAAUUAAACUUCCAUAAACUUUCUACGUAAAACAUGUCGAUAGAAGCAUUGUCCGGCAAAGUUUUCUUGCUGAUAACAGGUGCAAGUCGUGGUAUUGGACGUCAAAUUGCGAUAACAUUCGGCUCGCUAUUGCAGCAAGGCUCACAUGUUCUUUUACUAGCAAGAAGUGAAAAUGCUUUACAAGAAGUCGCAAAAAGUAUAUCUUCCAACGUGAUAGUUCAUACAGUUAGUAUAGAUCUAGCUAAAGCUACCGAAACUAUUUUGAAAGAAGCCAUAUCUGGAUCGUUAAAAAAUAUUAGUUACAAUGAAUUUGACCGAGUGGUCGUAGUGCACAAUGUGGGUACAAUGGGCAACAUCAAUAAGGUUGUCAAUGAGUUGACGGAUUUAAAUACUUGGAGAGAAUUUUAUGAUGUGAACUUUUUGGUCCCUGCUGUUUUGAACGCAGUAGUUAUGAAUACGUUUGACAAUAACACUAAGAAGAUGGUUAUUAAUAUAACAUCUCUUUUUGCGAUUCAAGCACAAGUUGGCUGUGGUGAAUAUUGUUCUGUAAAAGCAGCACGAGAAAUGUACUUUAAGGUAUUUGCAUUGGAAAAUCCUGAUGUGGAUGUGCUUAGUUAUUCGCCAGGUCCUGUUGACACGGACAUGUUUGAAAUGGCAAGAGAAAAAAUAGUAGAUUCGAACGCCAGAAAGUUAUUUAACGAUAUGCGAGAAAAAAAUACUGUAUUGACUACAGAACAGACAGUUAAUCGUCUUGUACAAGUUUUAAAGGUACAUAAGUACAAAUCGGCCGAUCAUGUGGAUUAUUAUGAUGAAUUGUAGACAUUUAAUCUUUAAGACUCGAUCGGAGUCACGCAGAGAUAUUUGAUGUAAUUAUAUGACGUUUUUUUCGAAAGUUUAUGUAAACGAUUAAACUGUGUUUAGAUAGUGCGCUAUCAGCACUGUGUUCGAUAUUGCAAAACAGAGGUCAAAGGUGUAAACCCGAACACAAAUAAAUCUAAUCGAUCAAUCGCAUUACAAAAACUUUUGAGAUAAAAGAGCAUUCUUACUACUCUGAUUUGCAAUACCGAACGCAGUAAAUAUAUGUGUGGUACGAGUCGAUCAGUUGCCAUCCAAAAGCAGAAGCCGUAAGGUAGUUUUGUAGCAAGUAUUGUCGAAAUUAUAAGGUAAUAUAAGUCUUCAUCACAGUUUAUUUUAUUUCUAUUAUUUUUUUAUAGGUUAUAUAAAUCACACAUUGUAUGUAAAAAUAUAAUCUUAA